ACCUUGAGGGGAUGACGUUUACAUUCUACUCCCUCCCACCCUACUCCCAGCACCCCGGCGAGGCGUGGAAAAUCUUCCAACUUCGGGACCUAGUCAUUCCAAGUUGAACUGGCUGAGUGGUCGGCUGGAGUAUUUGUGAGAAAAAAAAACUAAGCUGGUUUGAGCAGUUUAUUGUUUAUUUUCUUUUCGGCAACAAAUGAGCUGUCCGCGUCGUCCAACGUUGUUGCUGUGCUGAUGAUUGUUAGUUGUGCAUUUCUUUUUCCUUUCUUUAUUCGCAAUAAUUAAUAGAAAGGAAUGAAAAUUUAGUGCCGAUUUUUUAUGGAUUUUUUCGUUUUCUAAUUGUGGAUAUGUGGUUUAGAUCGAGUUUUUGUGUGAUAACCAAAAUUGAAAAGGGUCCAUGUCUUCAUAGAAGAAACCUAUUAAACAUAUUCAUCUAUAGAGCAAUGAUUUUUGUGAUAUUAUUACCCUUGUUUUUAUUACCUCCUGCGAAAGGCAAUGGCGAGGAGAAUAAAUAUAGGACAGCGUAUGCUUGUGAAGGGAGGCAAUUGAAGAUCACGUGUGAGGCGGGUCACAUGGUGCACUUACUAAGGGCGAACUAUGGCCGUUUUAGUAUAAGCAUUUGUAAUGAGCAUGGCAAUUUAGAUUGGAGUGUAGAUUGCACGUCACCAUCAUCCUUCCACGUCAUCAAAGAAACGUGUGGUAUGAAAAAUAGCUGUAGUCUAUCAGCAUCUCCAGAUCUUUUUGGUGAUCCUUGUCCUGGGACACCGAAAUAUUUAGAAGCUCAUUACCAGUGUGUGCCAGAAAAAUCAUCUAUAACGCCAUCUACGAGUACUACAACCAGUACUAGCUCCAGUACAAGUACUAGUCGUCCAUCCAUCAUUAUUCCUGUGACGAGAAAUGCUCGUCCGCAUCAUGUUCUCCCUCCCUCAUCUCCUUCAUCCCCUUCUACAACACACGCCCCUGUCACGUUGCGUGACUCGACGUCAGAAUCUAUUGUAAUGUCGACAACAGUGACAACUCACCACCAAGUAGAUGUCACCACUACUUUGGCAGACAGUUUGCUGAUGAUGGUCAGUGGAACACCCGAAACAUCAACAUCAGAACCAUCAACCGUCCACCUGUCUCGAUGGAGUCCGGAGAAUCGAGAAGAAGACAUUCACAAUACUAUGUCCUGUUAUCCUACUGAGUCUCGAGGUUUCUUCUGGAAUUGGACCAGAGCUGGACAUGUGGCCGUUCACAAAUGCCCGAAUGGAGCCUUUGGUCGUGUAAAGUGGCGUUGUGAUGCCGAAACAGUGCAGUGGAUUCCAGAAACUCCCGAUUUUAGUGAUUGCAGCUCUCUUUGGGUGGAGAAUAUAAAAUCCAGGAUGUCUCGCGGUGACUCCAUUACAUCUUUGGCUGCAGAUUUGGCUCUUAUCACUAAAACCAAAACUCUGAUGGCUGGAGACAUUGUUCAUUCUGCCGACAUUCUGCACAGGUUGGUGGCAGAAAUGGGCGAAAGGACACGAGUUAUGGACGACCCCAUUGAAAGACAAAAGUUACUUCUAAUAUUGUUGGAGGCUGUUCUGGAAGUCAGUAGCAAUUUACUGGAUGACAGCCAACGGGCUCCUUGGCAUGACCUGAACAGGGAACAGCAACAGAAAUCAGCAUCUGCUCUGCUCAGAAGUCAAGAGAAGAGUGGGUGGCUAUUGGCAGAGUCUCAUCACUCAAGAUAUAGCCACAGAAGUGGACAUUCCCAUGUUUUGGCUGCCGUUCAUGUAGUUGAAUCCUGGGAUAUAUCUGAUGUAGUAUUGCCUCCACCCUUAGAUACAACCUGGUGGAUUGUGGAUGACAGAUUGUUAGUUCCUGCUCCAGCUCUUUUAGCCACAGCCAAGCAAGGUGUUUCACGUCUUGUUUUAUUAGUCCAUCAUCGAUUAGGCGACUUGCUUGGAUCUGAAGUGGAAUCUGGAGAAAUAGCACCAACAAACACCAGCAGAAUAAUCAACUCCAGAGUGAUUGGUGCACUUCUGGAAGGUCACCGUGUCCUCAGCUUACCAAGACCCAUCACUGUUACGUUUAAACAUUUACAGAUUGAAAAUGUAUCCAAUCCAUUGUGCGUGUUUUGGGAUUAUCAAACAAGGAGUUGGUCGACUGAAGGGUGUUGGCUGAAAUACACGAAUCGAAGCCAUACAGUGUGCCAAUGCAGCCAUUUAACAAAUUUAGCUAUUAUCAUGCAUGUUACAGAAACACAGGAGCAACCUCUGGCAACAGAUCAAGAAACUUUAAGGAUGAUAAUUUAUAUAGGAUGUGCUGUCACUAUGUUAUUUCUGCUGAUUACUCUUCUAGUUUUACAAUUUAUAAGAUGUCUGCGAACAGAACGUGUGACAAUACAUAAACACCUUUGCUUGUGUCUAUUGUUAGCGGAAGCCGCUCUUGUAAUUGGCCUAGAACAAACGGAAGAACCCAAAGCUUGUUCUGUACUAGCUGGUCUUUUACAUUACCUACUUUUGGCAGCUUUUGCGUGGGCCUUUUUAGACAGCUUCCAUCUUUACAUUUUACUGGGAGAAGCAGAUGUACACCCCGAUCGAUGGCGAGUUAAAUGGUAUUCUGCCGUCGCAUAUGGAGUUCCAGCCAUAGUUGUUGCCAUAUCAGCCAUGAUAGACCCUGCCAGUUAUGGCACUGCAAGCUAUUGCUGGCUAAGAGUGGACAAUUAUUAUGUUUUCAGUUUUGGUGGACCAGCCAUAGCAUGCGCUUUGGCAUCAGUAUUGUUUCUUUUUAUGACUGUUGGUAGAAUAUGUUCGCAACGAAAUAGUACAAUACCUAUCAAAAGCAAGGACCAGACAAAAUUAACAGCUAUUAAUGUGUGGAGUGGAGAGGCGACCUUCCUUCUUCUAGUCUUAUGUGCCACAUGGACAGUGUUGCCCCUUUUCCUACAUGAUGAAAAGCCCCUGACUGCUUAUUUCUUCUUAGGACUAAAUAUUUUACAAGGGCUAUUAGUUUUCCUCUUUUAUUGCCUCAAUGCCGGAAAAGUCCAGAGCACUGAUGAGCCUCCAGGACCAGACUGGUUGUGUUCGUGUUUGAAGGAGCCACCUCGCAGAAGAAGCCUCUACAGUCCUCCGGGCAGUUGCCCGCACAAUUGUCCACCCCUGAGAUGGAAUUUCCUGGAGCCAGGAGAAACCCCUACCCAUCGCUGUGCCACGCUCGAUCGUCGCUUUGGACGCAGGAGUUGUGAAGAACACCCACUGCAAUAUUUGCUGCGACCGUCCGAGCCUGCCCACCACCAGUGGCGUCUGCCAGACCACCAUGACAACAGAACCCUCUGCUGCUAUCACCAGAAUAGCCAUUCCCCUUACCACCUUAAACAUGAACAGCAGCAACAAGAACCCCACUACGAGACACUGGAGCCCCUGGAAGGACCCCCAAGACCACUUCUCAGCUCCCUGGCCGCAGUCUUGAACAUGGGUCCCCCAGUAGUGGGGACACCUUGUCGAGUUGCUUACUGUGGUAUACAGAGUCCGACUGACUCGGAACGGUCAUCAAGCAGUUUCAUGGACACACAAGUCCGGAUGAGUCCGUCAGCUAGCUCUCCGGACAACGAACUAACUGAUAGCCUGCCUAACCUGGACAGAAGGACAGGUUGCGGUGCAUCUGCACUGCCGGCGUCUCUAACUUAUUAGUUAAAUAAAAAUAAUAAAUAAACUGCAAUUUUGUGAUUAGAAUGAUUUUAUUUUGUUUUCGAAACUGACGUGAAAAAAAGAGCUUUUCUAUCAAUGGAACGCUUCAUAUUGAACCAGAGCUUUCGAUUUUCUGCGAACGUUUGAUUUCUGUUUUUUAAUCAGAUGUCGAAACAAUCAACUUCAUUGUUGUCUGUACAUAUUUAAAAAUAAAAAAAAAGAACAUUGAGCUAACAUGUGAAUUCCACAUUGAACUGUGAUGUGUGUGCGUGCGGUUUGUGUGAAUGUGUUGAGUAAUUAAUUACUGACUCUCUGCCUCUGCAGAUCAACUUGCAGUCGCCAUCAAAAACCAAGAUAUACUAAAUCUAUUCUCUGUGUUUCAUAUCCAAGUUUAUACAGCUCGAACGAAAUAUUUUGGAACGCAACUUUACUUUUCCCGGCUUCAAACCUCUUUUUAACGAAUAUCUUUGUCUCCUAAUCUUCUCGUUAUAUCGGAAGAUAAAGUACAUGCCUUUCGUCAUAUUUUAACCAUGAAUGUGAUUUAAAACUUUUUCAGAGAAAAAAAAAAGUAUUACUGAAAACUACAAAAAAUGAAAAAAAAAAAAAAAAACUACAUUGUGCUCAGUGUUGUGGUGAUAUAUGUGAAAUAAAUAUCUGGAUAAACGAUGUAUCCAGCGCGAUAUUUUUAAGUGUGAUUUUUCCCCACUAUUUCCCUUGCUGCAUGAUUCGUUAAAUUAUAUACUAUGAAACUUGGAAGCGAUUCAGUCUUGAGUCAUUAUUGACUGAAUCGCUCUCGUGGGUGAUGUUUGAUAUUUUUGUGGCCGAUGCCUUCAAAGAAAAUUAUUGUAUAAAAAAGAUAACUAUUUCUUAUUGAGCUUUUUCUGCAAUGUAUAUGUUUUUUCCCCCCUUCUUUGAUCAUCCUGUGUUAUUUUGAAGGCCGGUAUAUGUAUGAGUUAUUGUUAAUAAAAUUUGAAAAGUGCUAUCGAAAGUGUAUAAAUUUGCUUUAAUAAAUAUCGAAUAGCAUA